AUGUUCCGUCCUUUCAUUCGAGAGCGAGGCGGGGCUACGCAAGCGCCGGGAGCGGUUAACAUUUUUAGACAAAGCGGCGAGGUAGUUGGCAGCGCGGGCAGUACGCAGCCAGAGCGCCCCGAGGCCGCAGUCGCGCGACUUGAACCCGACGCGCGACUACGAGCGGGACUACGAUCGCGUUACGCUUGCCGCUCGCCGCUCGCUCGACCCACAACCACUCAAUGA